AUGGCAACCGAUCCUCGCCUCGCCCGUCUGGCUCCGCGAACCACAACACCACAGCCACCCCCUCCCCCCCCUCCACCACCACAAUCAGCGUUUACCUCAUCCUCACUUGCUCUCGAUGGCGUUUCUGAGAAUCCUGCCUUCACCACUACUAACAAUAACAUACACACCUCCAAAUCGCCCUCGCCAUCGACCACAACCCCUUCAUCCUCUUCAUCCUACAAACUCAGAUACUGCACCGUCUGCGCCUCCAACAACAACCGCAGCAUGGAAGCCCACUCCCGGCUCUCCCUCUCCUCCAACCCGGUGAUCUCCUUCGGAACCGGUUCCCUCGUUCGGCUCCCAGGCCCCUCAAUCUCCCAACCCCAGGUCUACCCUUUCAACACCACCUCCUACGCGACCAUGUACGAAGAACUCCUCGCCAAAGACGCAAGAUUAUACCGCUACAACGGCUGUCUGAACAUGUUGGAACGAAACAAGCAUCUGAAGUGGGGACCGGAGCGCUUCCAGGAUUGGGUGGUCGGUGCCCCGAGGCUUUCACAGACGGAGAGGGGUGACAAGGGGGCUCAGGGUACGGAAGCAGGAGUGGUGGAUGUGAUUUUUACGUGUGAAGAGCGGUGCUGGGAUGCGGUGGUGGAUAAUUUGCUGGAUCGGGGCGCGCCGCUGAAUCGGCCGGUGCAUGUCUUUAACGUGGAUAUCCGGGACAAUCACGAGGAGGCGCUGGUGGGUGGAGGUGCGAUAUUGGAACUGGCAGAGGCUUUGAAUCAGGCGGCGAGCGAGGAAAGGGAUCGGACGGGCAGUGACGCAUGGGACGGUGGCAGUGGGGAAGCGAGGAGGGAGUUUGACGAAAGGGUGCCGGAUAUUUUGGCAGAGUGGCAGGAGAGGUGGCCUAAUCUGCCGGCCCUGUGGACAUUGGCUUGGUUUUGA